GCUAGCGGUGCCGGGAGAGUGGAGGACUGUCUAUUCGCGUCCAAUCACGUCUCCGGAUCUCCAGCUUCUAACGGUCAAUCAGUAAGCGCUAUCUCCCGAAAUCGUCGCGCCGUCGAAUCACUUCGCGCAGUCUCUGCAAUUCGACAGCAAAUCAGUGGGUCCGUUCUCCCAGUUUUAUCUGACGUCGCCCCAAAAGAGACGCGUUCAGUUCAGCCAAUGACAAUGGGCGUCUUCACCGAGCGGCGCAUCCACCGGUGCCCUCCCCCCACCUUCCGCCGCUUGACUUUUUAUUUGACACCUUCUGAACUCCGACACUCUGAGGAUUUACACUCGAAAGGUAAGAUGUCGCCACUGCCAUUUCACUUAGUCAGACUGCUUGUAAGCUUAUUUAUUACACCGAGAAACGGCUAUUACACCGUGUAUAACACGCCGUUCAUUCAUUCAUUCGCUGUUGAUAUCGCUAUAGUCAUUUCACUUAGUCAGACUGCUAACUUGUUAGCACAUUUACACGACAAAGGGGUAUGACGCUGGGUUUGACUUUUUAUUUGACACCUUCUGAACUCCGACACUCUGAGGAUUUACACUCGAAAGAUGGCUUCCAAAGACAAAAAACACAGAGCUAUGGGUGAUGAGGAGUGGAUGUCCCGUCUGCGAAGGUUUGCUGCUGUCGGGGUCUGGCCUGCUGAUGCAGGAAACCGGCCGGCACCACGCCAGAAAAAGUGGCACGAUCUGUUUCUGAAGAUUGAGAAAUGCCCAAUGCAGCUCAGGGGUCAAAGGUCGCUGUUUGGAGGGACACAGACAUGUAACUGUGGCUUCCAUAUAAAGAAGCCAUCAGUCUCUGUGUCCUCUUCGGUGACACCACAACCAGGACCCUCGUCUGGAUCCCCCUCCAUCACACCCUCGUCUGGAUCCCCCUCCAUCACACCUGGGCAACCACCACGCAAGCCCACUUUGACUUUGGCCUCAUUCACAAAACCACGGUUCGGUGGAUCGCAUGGUGCCCAUGCAAAGCCAAACUUGGCUUCAGCUGGGCAGCGUCGAAUCAAGACCACAACUGACACCCCGUCACCUGGCCACAGUCCCAGGCACUAUAUUCAGACUGUCUCUCCUCUGUCUCUUCCACCCUCUACCGUGUCGACAACCACCUCAGCUUCCUGUGUCACAUCGGCUGCUACUGGAGCUACAGUGUCAACUGCCAUAUCCUUGGAAACCUCCUCUGCUCCUCCGGCCCCUGUGGACUCUGUGUCCUAUGCCUGUGUUUCCUCUGCUGCAACCUCUGUGGCUGGUCCCUCGGCACAUCCUACCCCUGAUGCUGAGCCAUUGGCGGCGCAUAUGAUGUCUGCUGCUGCUGUUGCUGCUUCACAGCCUGGCUGGCUGCCUGCAAAGCUGAGGACAACUAUACCACCUCAGGACCAGAAAUGGAUAGCAGCAGCUCUGUGGAAGAACAAACGUUUGCGCUCCGACCUGAUGCUGUGGUAUAAUCCACCAUUACCAGCCAUCAUUUAUCACCAGGUCCCCGCUCCAGAGCGCUUUUUUACCCACCGGCUUCUCGUAUGGAUGCCGUACCACCUGUGGAAGGUGAGGCUGUCCUGUCCUGCCUGUCACAAACAACUCACAGGCUAUGGAGCCCACAAGAGAGCCCGCAGGGUUCUGGAUGUGGACAAUUACUACCUUAUGAUUACUGAGACACUGUGGUGCAAUGCAUGCAAGAUCGCCUACAUUUCCAGCAGCAAAACAAUAUUGGACCAGCUGGAGAUGCCGAUCAGGAUGGAGUUCACACCGAUCCUGACUCAAAGAUAUGCGUGUGACAUAAGGGUCAUUGUCUCUCUGAGGGAUAGGACCCAGGGUAACAGCCCCUCCCGAUUGGUCAGGCAGCUGAGGGAGAACCACAGUCGGGAGUGGAUUCGAUAUCUCAUCCGGUACUGUUCUAAAUGCAUACACUUUGCAGACCGGCAAUCCCUGCUCCCUGUCUUGUUCCAGGAGGUGCCAGAGCCGUCAGUUAUCCCCUCUCACAGGUGGAUGCUUACUGUUUAUGGCAGAGACAUUUUGAACAGGCUGGACCACAUCAAAGCGAGCAUUACUUGCACUUUUGGAAGUGUCCUAAAAAUGGACUCCACCAAAAAGAUCACCAAGAAGCUGUCAGGCUUUGCUAAGGGGACUGCCUUGUGGCUAACAUCUGUUAGCAAUGAGGUGGGCCAAAUCCUUAUCAGUGUCCUGACUGCUCAGGAGGGUCCAGCUCUGGACAACAUGGCAGCUGGUCUCAUCCACAGAUACAGCACUGCUGGUGUGGCCCCUCCAAAGCUACUGUACGUUGACACUGAAUGUUGUCGGGAGGGCUUGGUACAGACCAAAUUAAAACUGCGAUUUGGAGGGUGGCCAGACCUCAUUGUGAGGCUGGACAUUUACCACUUUAUGAGGCGGCUGGCAUCUGGCUGUACGAAGGAUGCUCAUCCCCUCUACCCCACCUUCAUGGCCAAAUUGUCCAGCUGCAUCUUUGAGUGGGACAGCAGAGACGUUGCAUUGCUGCGGCGAGCCAAGCGUGCCGAGCUGGUACAGGAAGGUGUACCGGGCAUUACCGACCGAAUGGUAGACCUCCACAUCACCAAGGCCGAACUGUCCAAGCACUGCAGAAGGCAGACAAGGGGAGAGCAGACGACAAUCACCUUGCUGGAAAGCCUGCUCGAUGAGCUGAUGGGGCCGAAGGGCAGCGACAAUCUUGGUGUCCCUCUGCUGGACAUGGAGAGGAUGAAGCACAUCUGGCGUGUCCAGAGGAAGCAUGUAAAGUGCAUUCAGGAUGUACCGGGUGUGCUUCUCUAUACCCAGACGGGCACCACCACCAAAGAGGGCAUUGUUCUGCCUAACUACAGGUGUGCUCGAGGGUCCACAUCCCUUGAGUCCUUCCACUUACAUGUGAACAGGUUCAUUCCAGGGACGAGUGCAAACAGCCUUAACUUCCAGCUGUACCUCCUGGAAGGACUUAAUCGAUGGAACCAGGACCGUCAAACUGCAUCCCUGGCAGCCAAUCCUUCCAGCCUGCUCAGUUACUCAGGGGACCUUGUUCACUGUGCCAACACCAUGUGUCUCAAGGUGCUUGGAAGGAAAGCUGUGCCCUCUUUUCAGCCCCCUGCUGUUUACACUGCUGAGUUUAACCUUUCCACAAGGAUGAGGUGA